GAAGUUUUACUAGGAUUAAAUGUCAGGAAUUGUGAAACUGAGUUUAAAUGUAUUUGACUAAGGUGUAUUGAAACUUCUGACUUCAACUGUAUUUAUAUAUUGUGGAUAAAGGUACAGUAGCAUAUCCCAUUCUUGCAUUAAGGUAAGUUUUUCGCCCCCCGUGCAGCUCACUGAAGUGUAACGGUGGGGUAUUUUCUAGCAACCAUCCGAUUAACUAUACUUUCGACACUGUUCGAUCACAGUAGAUGACUUAUUAGCAUAGGUGGCCGUGUCUGUCUUCGGUAGCGCCAGCGCUGUAGAAUGGGAAUAGUAUGGCAGUAUGGGAACACUGACCCUUUAAAGGUGUGUAGUAUUUGAACCUUUUUGUUUUUUUGAACAUAAUUUCUCUCUGAGAUGAAAGAUGGCUACUUUCCUUGUGUUUCCAAAAUUUUACCGCAAGCGAUGCAUGCUAAUAUUAAGAACGAGCGUCUGGGCUUUUAACCAAACUACGCCGGCAAGAAGAUACUAUGUUUAGUAGAGGUGCUAAAGGUAGUUAGCAUCUAUGAAUGGCUUCACCGGGUAGUUAAUUUAAACACAUUGCGGUGAUCAAAAUCACUGCCUUGUAACGGUUAACGCUAGGUAAAAUAGUUGAUUUUUUCAAUUGGAACCAGCCAUCAUAAAAAUCGUUUUAUUAAAUAACUUGUUUUAAAUGGGCAAACUAGUGUCAACAUUUACAGAUGGUAUCUACUAGGUAGCUAACUUGCUAAUUUUUCAUGUGAUCCAAACCCACCUUUGGCCAAAUAUCAUAGAUGUUUUAUUUUUCAUAAACCAGCCAAUGCAGUUGCUUUUGGCUGGUUUAUGAAGAAAUAAACCAAAAAUAUUUUUUUUUGUGUUGUAUUUGUAAAUUAGCAGACUAACCGGACACUUGUGUUUCAAGUCUCAGCUAGUUUUGUGUGAGAGCCAAAGCUUGUGCUUCUGGCUUGUUUUAGCUGCAGUCUUUAAACUGGUGUAGACCAGUUUGCCUGCCUGAAUCAUUGGACAUUAACUAGCAGGUUAGCUGCUGUGUCCUAUAUAAAGACAUCCCAUUUUUAAAAAGUAGGCCUAUAUUUGACCUCAAAUCAGGUGUAAUCUUUUCUAUGGAGAUUAAUGGCAUGCAGUUGAGGUACAACAUGCUACCACAUUUAAAUUCACACCAUUUUAAAUUGAUUACAAAUGUAUGUGAAUGUGUUACAUGAAAUGUGUCAAACAAGCAAGAAGCUUUAUUUACACGAUUGUUGUGGGGGUUUGUUUUUAGCGGAGACUGCAACACAUUUAGAUUACCUUAAUCUCAUUAUAACAUUCCGUCACAACCACUGCCUUGUCUAUUUAAGAUUGUGCUGACUUUCUAAGCCAGGAAGAGCCUCAAGCCAUGGCAGUAUAUAUACAUUACGCAACCUUGAGUACUUAAUAAAGCAUUGCAUGCAGCGCAUGAUGCACUCACAGUUAAUUUAGCCAAUUGAGAGUGAGGGUCCAACAUUGUAUUAACUUAUGUUCAGUGUCAAAGAAACAAGGCAGUAUGUGGAUUCAUUAUGAUGAUUUCAUGUGUUUUGAACCAAUUAAUGACACUAAAACAUUCUAAGUAAGGAGCGAUGGGGAUGAUGUAUAAUCUUAUUGAGAGUAGAUUGCUAGCUCACUUAAUUUGGUGUGAAAAAUGCUCAAUUUUUAGGCCUAAUGGUUUUGGUUAAUCCUAAAAACCGUACCAAAUGUUUGAAACUUGCCUCGUAUUUUGCUUUUUUAAAAGCAGAUUUUAUAGAAAAGUCCUACACUAUAACCUGCCCUAUUUGCUCCAAACGAUUUAAAUUGGUAAACCUAACAACAAAAAUAUUGAUUUUCGCCAGGACAGUCAGGGGAGACUGGACUUUGCAUUGGGCCUUGCGAGGUCCUCCAUUGACCUAGAUAUACAGAGUGGCAUGAAAGCUUUAGAGGGCAUGUCCCAGAGGACUGCAGAUGCCUCUGAAGAUACAGCACACAGGCAGUCCCCAUGCUGGACGGGCAGUUUUCCGCUUUGGCAACUCCAGAUCAUUAAUACAAUUAUAUUUCUAUUGCGCUCCAGCUUCGUCUUGAGCAAAACGUUGGUUGGAGAAGUAGGUUAUAGAAAGCAGGCAGCCAUUUUCCCUUCGGUUAAACGAGGUCAGGAAAAGCAGGUUUUGAAGCAUUUCCUAUGCAAAUGAGCGGAGGAGUCAUGAAGUACGAUGGGCUCAUAAAAGACCAUUGAUUUAUGUAACAGAAUAUUAAUACAUAUAUGACUCAGAUAAAUCUUUAUUGCUAGUAGCAUUUGUUUCCCUGUCUGCCCCGAACAGUGUGUUCAGGAUUCAUGUUGGUUUGCUAUUUUGAUUGUGUGCCCAUUUUCUGGGUGACCAUUUUAUGUCGGCAUAAUUGAUCACUGGGUAGGCUAAAUGCUGCAUACAAACAACUGUAAUGACUAUGAUCACUCUUUCUCUCACCUGUUGCAGGACAUUUUUUGUGUUCAUCUUUUAUAUUUUGCAGUCACAUGCCUAUCACACCUGCUUUUGAAAUGUCCUAUUUGUCCCCAGCUAACAUUCACACAAAAUAUAAACCUAGUUGUUUACACUGAGUAGGUGGCCUGUGGAGCAUGACCCUAUGUAGUUAGUAAACUGUAGCACAUUAACUUGACAACCACUCCAAGCAGUCAGGCUUCUGUCUUUUUGCUAUGCUAGGCCGGUUAGGACUACAUGUUGCCUACAGUACUGGUGAGUCACACUGAUUCAGGUCAGGUCUCUUUCCCCCCUUUGCUGGUGUGUUAGGUUUGAUACAAGCUAGAGUAACAACUAAUUUUAGUUAGGCCUGAACGAAAGUCAUAUGUGAAGUCACUCUGCAUUUACUUGGGUUUGUUUUGUACAGCAUUUGCUAUGAAGGUGACCUCUUUGUUAUGGUUAAAAUGAUCCUGUCAGACUUAGCUAAAAGGUCACAUGAUUUUUAGAGCCAGAGGCAGCCGUGCCUCCAAUCCACUUCACAAGUUUGACUUUGGACAUGUUAAUGGGUACAUACUGUCUCUGGUCUUUAGGGAGCCAACUAUUCAGAAAAUGUCCACCUACCACCAUGCCUUGUUGUCCUACUAUGCAAAAAUGCAAUAGAGAAAGAGGGUGUGGCUCAGGCGUUGUCUGAACAUGGUUGUCUUUGUUCAAGCGGCGUUACAUAGGGAUCCCUGAGUUUGUUCUGAAGCAUUUCUCAUCAUUGAUCUCCUGGGUUGUUUAUUCAAGUGGGCCUGGAUGUUGAAGCUGGUUUUGUCAAGUCGCCCCUGUCCCAGAUGAAACUGAUAGAGGACAUUGCAGAGCUGCACUGUGAGGUGACGGGGAACCCCAUCCCAGAGGUGCAGUGGUGGUUCAUAGAGGGCGAGGAGCCCGACGAGACCAUGACCCAGCUGUUCGAUGGGGCUCGGCGAGACCGUGUCGAGAUCAACGCCACCUACAUCCUGCACGCCACCAGCUCCAUUCACCUCUUAAACCUCACGCUCGAUGACUCCGGCACGUACGAGUGCCGCGCUUCCAACGACCCCGACCGCAACGAGCUGAAGAAGGCACCCAAAAUCAAGUGGAUCCGCUCACAGGCUAACGUUAUAGUGUUUGAAUGUGAGUGUUGGGAGGCCCUACGUACAGCCAGGCAGCGGCUCCCUGUAGAGGACAGCGAGUGGUCCAGCUCCUGUCCCACACCUUCUCCUGCCCUCUCCCCUGUUUCACCCAGACUCCCCUACUCUCCCCUCACUGAGCUCCCAUGAUGUCCAGUAGUGGAGAGCCAACCUGACCACAAGGCGUGGCCGGGCCUCUCCUUAGACGUGUCCUACCUGCUGUAGCACUACCCUCAAUCUGAUGCCUUUUUGUUUUGCUGGGCCUAUGUCAAAUCCUUAUUUUAAAUGAAUUAGGAAAAUAUUUCACAUAAUACUGGUCAUAAGGUCUGAAACCUGCAAAUGGCUACAUCUAAUUUUUGAAUCAUAAAAUGUUAAUUUUGUUUUUAAAAGGGUCAGAUUAUGGGUUGGUCAGCUUCUUGUUGGCUUCCAUUUGGUCUAUUUUGCUGUCUUGUCCAAGGUAUAGAAUGUGUAAUUGAUACUAACAUAUUGACACUGUCCUGUGGUGUUUACACUCUUUAGACCUGUUAGGCCUGACUAGGCUCUUUAGGAGUACUAAAUCUAUCUAUAGGAGACAGCAACCCAGCUUUCUGAUUCUUAGCCAUAGGGCAUCUUUCCAGUAUUUGUUUUCUCUACCUGAAUCAAACCAAAAUAUCCUCUUAUUUGUUCCUCUUCUCUGUUAGUGGAACACCAACCUACCAUACCUUGCCGGUUGCUUCUUCUGCAUGUGUUGAUUACAAGCUCCUCUCCUCAUGGUCUCCUAGAUUAAUUUCCCUGUGUAACCCCUCUUGUAUUUAACUCUUGGUUCAGCCCGAGCUCUCCAUUUUUAGGUGCCUGCCCAUGUGAUCUGCCUCUUCUUGGAAGAGGCGCUGCCUUUUUUAUAUUGAGCUGUUCUUGGCCAGUUCUUGGCUUGAUUUUGAAAGUAAUAACAUUUGACAAGCUAAGCUAGACCUUAUCAGUUGUCACUAUGAAGUUUAGGCUAAAGGAUAGUAAAGCAAUGUCAAGCCCUGAACAGUCAAGGUUUGUGCUGCAACAUGUUGGUAUCAAGAGAGCCAUUUAUCCUGUAAACCCAAUACAUGCGUACCUUUUAAGUUUGGAUUAAAUCCACUACUUGGAUAUAAAAUAUUUUUUUGUCUUUAGUUACCCUAAAGUAUUUUAGCAAUAUCCUGUACGUGAUAAGACAUGCAAUAAUUAGUUACACUUGGCUUGUCGUCGUGGUAACGUUACUACGGUAAUGAUCCUACUAGAAGUGGUCAUGUCAAAGGACGGCUUAUUAAUAUGUUGACUUUGU